AUGGCCGUUCAAAAUCCGACAUCCCCGGUUGAGGAGGACAAGAAUUAUGAAAGCUACAAAGAAAACAUCUCAUUUGAUUCCCAGUUGCAAGGGAAACGACCUCGAGCUGUUGAAGAUAUGCCUGGUUCUGAGACGGAUGAGGACGACAAUUAUGUGGAGAGUGGUGGUAAACGUGUGCCCAAAAAAUCCCAGAAGAUUCGCAGAGUGUACACCCCAGAUGCAAGGCUGAAAGGGUUGUUCAUGAGCGAGAAGAAAGCUGAGUAUAGGCCCAUACCAAAGACAAACCGUGCUAUUUUUAAGAAAUUCAGCGAUAUUCUCAGUGAAAACAUCGAUCAGCAGUUCGCAAUCAAAACCAAUCAUAUUGUCACGAAUUCUUUCUUCCUUGACAUAGCUACACCCGGGAUCUGUUUGUCUGACGAGCACAUGCAUGUCAUAAUGCAAAUGUUGUGGAGGCGUCGUGGAAGUGUUCUGCAGAAAGACCGGAGGGUAAUGUGUGAUCCGUACUUUACAAAGAUCAUUACCUCAAAGUGGUCUGCUUUCAGUGAAGCCAAGGAUAAGUUACAUUUUGAUUGGGGCACAAACAUAGCAUCUUAUGUCACCGGAAUGUGUAGGGGCAAAAAACUUAAGUUGCAACUUGGUCGCGAUAUCGACAUGGUGUACGCUCCAAUGUUCUGGCAGGAUAAGCAUUGGGUUGAUCUUUCUAUUAACUUGCAGACUUCUAACGUCAUCAUCUUCGAUUCUUUCAUCACUGCGAAUCCGACUGAAACACAUGUCGACGCACACAUGACUCCUAUUCUGAAGUCCUUACCACAUAUACUUGAACAGUAUGUCGGGUUCACAGACUAUCUAAUCAAAGAAGGAGAGCGAACUUACGCGUGGAAUCGGUUUCAAGGCAUCUAUCACAACAAUAGGGGUGGGGACUGUGGGCCGUGCGCUGCUAAGUUCAUGAAGAUGCAGUCUAAUGGUGAUGGGAAGGAAGAGAUGAGUAGAAUAACUGACAAAGUUGUGGAUAAAUUUCGUGAGCAGUAUGCAAUGGAUUGCUACGAGGAAUUUGUUGGCGAUUUUCAGGUUGCGAACGAGGCAGGAAUGAAGUAG